CGCUCAGUUUCUGUCCUUGUCGCUGCAAUUUCUUUCUUGUUCUUCUUCCUGAUUAACGGUCGAAUAACAAUUUUUGGUAGAAAACAGCUAGUUCAAGUCGAGCUCCCGGUGAGAAAGGAUGUAACUCCCGCUUCUUAUUUUUUUCAUGUUUAACUGUAAAUUCUGUACUUAUUUUGUUCACUAAGUAAUGUGAAGUUUUCUAUUGAUACAAAACCGGUAGUAACUCCAUAGUUCACAGUAGUCCUCAAAUUUAUAAUUUAAAAUGCCGGUAUUCAAAUAUUACAUCAGAUUGUUUUAAUGCGUGCAAAAACCCGCUAUUAAAGCGGUCGAUGUCUACGCUCGAAGUCUAUGCUCGAUGUCUAUGCUGGAUGUCCAUGCCCGAAGUCCAUGAUUGAAGCCAGGUCCCAUAUUCCACGUUCCAUGGUGAGGCUGCAAGUCUACAUUCGGUGAACCAGACCGAUGAUUACGAAUCCAGGACGUCCAGUCUAAUUAUUCUGGUACGAGGACUGGUCCAGACGAAUCUGGGAAGAUUCCACCGGAGUUCGUAAUUGUACAAACCCGCCACACCACAAGAUUCGCCGUCUUCAAAUAAUAUCGACGUAUAAGGAUAUCAGCCAAACUUCGUAACAUCGCCCAUAUGGAUAAAGUGUAAACAGUGCUCGCGAAAAGUAAAAUAUUGCAAAAGUGUUCAUCGAUUAAAAGGGUUUUGGGGCGCCCCUCCUCAACAUAUAAGGUAUUUAUCUGAAUCACUAUGUAUUGAGAUCAAAAUGUAAUCUGUUUAUUUUAUAUUCAUAAUUUGUUGCACCGUUUAAUCUGUUUUCAAUAUUUAAUUAGAUGCUUCUUUUAACUAUCGAUAACUGUACAAUUGAUUUGAUUCUAUAUUUAAAUUUGUCCAAUUCUGUUUAUCUUCAAAAUUAAAUUUAACACACAUGCUUACUACCGAAUAUAUCGUUUUUAUUACAAUACUACCCAUUUGCAAUGUUUAAGGUCUGUAGACUGCUGUCAAAUUAAUUAAGUAUACGUUAAUUGAAUUAUUCCGGUCUUUCUUACUUUGUGUUGAUGGAAUUGAUUCCUAAAUCUGUCGGUUUGAAUCCAGUUUCGUUAGCAUACAGUGGAAGGAUUGAAUAAAACAAAAUAAAAACGUUUCAACUGCGCCUCUCAUUAAACUAUUUCCGUUUUGAUAGCUUUCUAUACGCCUUCUGCAUUGUAAGUGAGGGAGGGUAGAGUAGAGUAACUAAAGAAUAGAAAUAAUUUAGAAACAUAAUUCUUUAUUAGUUUUUAUUUUAAUAUGGUAAAAUUUAUGAUUGUCCUGUACUAUUUAUUGGAUAUAAAUGGCGGUAAUGUUCUCACCAAAACGUAAAUCUAACCCUCAAAAUAGUGUAGUUAAUUACUGGGAAGUAAAGAAGUCAGUUGAAGAAAAUUUCGAUUUUAGUUUGUUGCCAAAUAGGAAAUUUAAUCCUAACUAUAUAGUAAAAGAAAAUCUAAUUUUUGAGCUUGAAACUUUGGGAGUGCCACCUGAGACAGUGAAAGAUCUUGACCUUGACACACUAAGAGCCAAAUUUAGAAUUCUAAGGAGUAAUCCUGACCCCCAGAUUUGUAGGAUUAGUUACAACGAAACUUCGAGUAAAGAAGCUCUUCAAAAAAUUGUUUUUCAAUUGACUAAAGAACAGGAAAAUUUAGACGGGAUUCCUAGCUUAGGUAGUGCUGAAGGACAGGGAAAUACAUCUAAGGGAUUUACGAUUUUCUUGCAUAUUUUAAAUAGAAUUUUCCAGUUAUUGACCUACGCUAGGGAAGUAGGGGAUCAAAAACUAAUCAGUGGAAUUAACGAGGCUCUUCUUUCCGCUAAAACUGUAUUUUCCAAACUAGUAGAAUUAAAAGAGUUAUCUAGUAGACCUGCGUCUCCCAUUGAUGAAAAGAUUGUUAAUAUUGAUCCAACUACGUCACAAAUCAGUCAGCUAGGCGGAAAUAACGGUGAUAUUUUAGCUACCAAUCUUGGGCUUAACACAGAGUCAACCACUAGGGAUGAUAAAUUGAACUUAGGUUCUAGUAAAGAAGGAAAUAAUCAGCAACCUAUCGAAAAAGUAUCUAGACCGAACCCUACUAUACUAAUUACCGAAAGUGAAUCCAAUAAAUUGAUUACUAAUAGUCAAGUAAACAUGGGAGAACCAUCCAGUUCCGGGAAAAAUCAAACUACGGAUAGUUUUAACACAUGUUUAAAUAGUAUCCAGAAUACUAAAAUGAUGUCACAAACUACUAGUAGGCAAUCCAACAAUGCAACGUUAGCAGAUGCCCAUGAUAGAAAUACUGACGAGAUAUUGUCUUGUAUUAACCAAGAAAAUCAUUUAGUUAGUACUAGAGUAUCAGAUAAUGUAACUCAUUCUCUAUUAAAUGGAAUUUAUAAUAAAUUGUCCAAUCCUAUUGAAGCCCUCAUAAAGCAACUUCCUCAAAAUGAUGGCUUAAGCGUGGAUAAGUUACUAAAAUUCAUUGAAGUGAGUUUACUUAUAAAAGAAAGAUCUAAUUUAGAUGGUCAGUUACUCUUCAAUUUACUGGUUUCUGCUGCUAUUGGCCCACUUGCGGAGAGAUUAGACAGGGCAAUCUGUGAAGGUAAAUCCUUUAAUGAAUUUCAUGGAGAAUUGCUCCACUAUUUCAUUCCAUCUAGGUUGAUUUCAGUAAUAGAAAGGGAACAUUACUAUAGGUUACAAAUGCCUAACGAACCUCUGUCUACAUAUAUCUUAGCGAUUAAAAAUUCAGCUAAACUGUUGAGAUUAAAUAAAUCAGAAGAGGAAAUAGUAAACGACAUCUGUUCUGGUCUAAAUCCCGAGGAAAGAUCUAGGCUAGUUUUCCAAAAUAAACCUAGUAGUUUCGCUCAACUUACUGAAAUGUCAGUGACCUCACAAAACAUACUGUUUGCAGAUAGAGAAAGGUCUAAAUUUGUCCCUAAUAAUUAUGGUCAAAAUAGUAGAAAUGUAUCUAAUAGGGUUGACAAUGUAAGAAAAAGAUGCUACAGGUGUAAUAAUUUAGGCCAUAUCAGCGCUCAUUGUAGAACUAAUUUGGGUAAUGAUAAUAAGGGACACAAUUCCAGGAAUAGUGGUAGUCAGAAUCCUUCUAGAGAAAAUAGAAACUGGGACACGAGUAAAAUAACUUGCUAUAAAUGUAAUGAAUUAGGGCACUAUGCUUCAAACUGCAAUCAUAAAAAAUCCUGACUAGGCCGAGAAAAUAAAAAAAUAGAAAGGUCAAUUCAUAGCAGGACUUUUAAGAUGAAUAGCAAUAAUAAUAAUAAAGGUGUAAAUUAUUUGAAAUCUGUCAAAGAAACUGGUAACAGGAAGAAAGAAAAUACAUCUUCAGUAGACAAAAAGAAAUUAAAGGGAAUAAAAGGUAGGAGUAAGAGAAAGAAAAUUAAAACAUUUAAUAAGUUAAAAAUAAGAGCUCUAAGAAACAACGUCACUCCUUUCAUUAAUUGCAAAAUGGAGAAUAGCGAAACCAGCUAUAUAGGUCUUAUUGAUUCAGGAUCCGACGUUAGUGUUAUCUCAAAACCUGUUUUCAAUGAACUAUUGUUAAGUGGCUCUGACCUUGAAAUAGUAGAAGAUAAUCAACUUUGCGUAACCGCUAAUAAAAGCAAGUUAUUAUUAUCUAACACUGUUCUACUUAAAAUAAAAAUUGAACAUUUCUCUUGGAAAUUCCGCUUCUAUAUUCACGAAACUCUCUCUACGCCAAUUAUCCUAGGAGCUGAUUUCAUACAUCAUACUCAGUUAGUUCCCGAUAUCUUUAAUAAGAGGUAUUAUUUCUGCUUUUGUCCUCAAUUCAAAUUUCCAUUUGAUAGUAAAUUGAGUAUUGAUUCUUUGAAGGGAAUAAAUGCUAUAACUACUGAACAAGAGUUUGAUGAUCUUACUGACGUUCAAAAGGAGAAAUUAGAUAAUAUCUUGAAACAAUACCCAGAUGUUCUAACGGAAAGAUUAGGUAACUGUAGAUUAGUGGAAUAUGAAAUUAAAUUAAGAGAUAAUGAACCUGUCAGAAAAGCACCGUAUCAGUUGAGUCCUGUGAAAAUGAAAAUUCUCAAUGAAAAGGUUAAGAAAAUGUUGGACGAAGGUAUUAUAGAAAAAUCCAAUUCUCAUUAUGCUAGUCCCUGCUUCUUAGUACCAAAAAAUGAUGGAGGACAUAGAUUAGUUGUGGAUUACAGAGCUUUAAACAAAAAAAUUUGUCUUGAUUCUACUCCUCUGCCCAAUUUAGAAAAUUCGUUUCAUUGGUUUAAUGGUGCUUCGUUCUACUCUGUUUUAGAUCUGAAUCAGAGUUAUUAUCAGUUGAAUUUGAAAGAGUCAAGUAAACAUUUAACUUGUUUUGUAACACCAAAUGCCUGUUAUGAAUAUAAAAAGGUUCCCUUUGGUCUAAAUAUAGGAGCUCAAGCUCUAACCACUGCAUUGAAUUCUCUUUUUGAAGAUAUCAAAUACAAGUUUAUGAUAAAUUAUUUGGAUGACAUUGUGAUAUUUUCAAAAGAUUUCAAAUCUCACUUGGAACACAUAGAGAUAGUGUUAUCUCGUUUACGCUCAGCAGGUUUUACGAUAAAAAUUCAGAAAACCCAAUUUGCUAAAAGACAAAUUUCGUUUCUUGGUAAUCUUGUGAAUGAAAAGGGAAUAACUAUUGAUCCUAGUAGAACUAAUUCGAUCAGGAAUUAUCCCAGACCUAAAAAUGUAAAAGCAAUAUCUAGAUUUAUAGGAAUGUGUGGUUUUUUUCAUAAAUUUAUUCCAAAUUACGCAACAAUUGCUUGUCCUUUAAACGAAUUGAGGAAAAAGGAUACAAAGUUUAUAUGGGGUGAGGAACAAGAAAGGGCUUUCCAAACUCUAAAAAAGGCUAUCAUGAAUCCGCCCAUUUUAAUAACUGCCGACUUUAAUAAAGAAUUUGUGCUUGCUACUGACGCCAGUUCUAAAGCGAUAUCUGCUGUCCUCUCUCAAAAGGUAAAUGACACUUUGAAACCAAUUGCUUACUCCUCGCGAAAGCUGACCCAACAAGAGUGCAAAUAUUCCACUUAUGAAUUAGAGUGUUUAGCGGCAAUACAUGGGAUGGAGAGAUUCCGUAUGUACUUAGAACAUGCACCUUUUGUCCUACAAACUGAUAAUAAUGCCCUUGCAUGGAUUCUCCGCCAAGACAAAAAUUUAGGGCGUCUGGCCAGGUGGCUCAUUAGGUUAUUAUCCUUUCAGUUUCGAACCGAGCAUAUACCGGGGAAGGUUAAUUUGUUACCCGAUGCUCUGUCCAGAAUGUAUCAUGAUGAUCCCGAAUUACCUGAAUUAGAUAAUUCUCUUGAAAAUAUGGAUAUUAAUUCUGAAUUGAAAUUGAUAAACUCUUUGAAAAUUACUGAUUUUCCAUUAGCUUUCACCGAUAUAGGUCAACAUCAGGAUAAUGAUGCUAUAUUAUCGGAAAUAAAAAAGAAAAUCACUGAUAACCACGAUCAAUUUCCAUACAGUUUAUCUAAUGGGGUACUAGUGAUCAAAAUAAGAAAUCAUGAUAAACUAAAAAUCGUAGUUCCCAAGGUCCUAGUACCUGUGAUUUUUAAAUAUUAUCAUGAAAGUAUUGUAGGAGGUCAUCUUGGCACAGCUAAGACUAUAGGAAAAAUUCUAGAUAAUUUUUAUUGGAAGGAUUUAAGAAAGGAUAUCAGCUAUCUUGUGAAGAGGUGUAGUAUCUGUGCUCAGAGUAAGCCAGCUCAUGCAACGAAUUUUGGAUUUUUAUCAUCCAAGGUUCCUAAUGAACCACUGGAAUCUUUUCAUAUAGACCUAGUAGGACCUCUCCCUCGCACCUCAAACUCUAAUGUUCAUAUUUUUACUUGUAUUGAUACCUUUUCAAAGUUUUCGUGGUUAACAGCUUUGAGAAAAGCCAACUCAGAUUCUGUUAUUAAGGUUUUGAAAAAUAUUUUUGCAAGUUUUUCUACACCCAAAUUAAUUAUUUCUGAUAAUGCUUCCAUUUUUAAAAGCUCUAAAUUUAGAAAUUUUUGUUUUCAACUGGGUAUAAAACAUAGUACUACUUCACCCUUUUACCCGAAAUCAAAUAUGGUAGAACGUCUACAUAGAAAUUUACGUAGCUGUCUUAUCGCAUACCAUAGUAAUUCACAAACUAAAUGGGACGAAACUGUAAAUAACUGGUUACCUUUAGUCUUCAAUUCUGCAAUUCAUGAUUCGAUUAACUGUAGUCCAUUUUCUUUAAUGUUUCGUUAUCAACCUAAAGAUCCCUUAAUGAAUAUGUGGAAUAUUAGCGAGAUAUUACCGGAUAACGUUAAUAAUGAUACUGUAGAAGUUUGGAAAAAGGCUAAGGAACAACUGGUGAAAGUACAUAAUUAUCGUAAAUUACGUUACGAUAAAGGGAGGGUCCCUCCACCUUUCGAUACGGGUGAUUUAGUAUGGGUACGAUCUCACGUAAUUAGUGAUAAGGCGCGUA